AUGCCUCGACCCACGCGCGAGUCCUACGGCGACCAGAAACCGCCGUUCUCGUACAUCGCGCUCACCGCCAUGGCCAUAUGGAGCUCGCCGGAGCGCAUGCUGCCGCUGGCGGAGAUCUACCGGUUCAUCACGGACCGCUUCCCGUACUACCGCCGCAACACGCAGCGCUGGCAGAACUCGCUGCGGCACAACCUCUCCUUCAACGACUGCUUCGUGAAGGUGCCCCGGCGGCCGGACCGGCCCGGCAAGGGCGCCUACUGGACGCUGCACCCGCAGGCCUUCGACAUGUUCGAGAACGGCUCGCUGCUGCGCCGCCGCAAGCGGUUCAAGCUGCACAAGGGGGAGAAGGAUAGCCUCAACGCGGAGCUGGCGGCACUGGCGACCUUUAACCGGGCGUUUUUGGCACGCCAGGCUAGCAGCAAUCCUUCCGCAAAUAUGUCUGGAAGUAUUUAUGGGUCGCCGGUGCCGCUGUGCUCGAGGCUCAGCCCGGAGCCUGUGGAGGCGCCGGACACGGCAGCACUCUUGCCGACAGUGCCGAGGCCGCGGCGGGCGUUUACGAUAGACGCGCUGCUGGAGCCGGAGCCAGUGCGGUCCCCCUCACCGAGCCCUCAGCAUCAGCAGCCGCAGCAGCCGCACUGCCCCAUGCCACUGCCGGCCUCCUACCUGCUGGCGGCGCAGCGCUACCACGCUGAGCUGCUGGCUGGCCUGCAGCAGUCCUGUCUACCUCCCCUGUGGACGUGGAGGAAUUCGAGUCAGUUUUCACAUUACACACUUAAUUCAUGAGUGGUACAUAGUCAUCACUGUACGGGGGUGUAAGCUGUAGUUGUAAGGAAUAGUGUA